GCAGACCCACUCGCUCCAGCCUCGCAGGGGAGGGCUCUGCCCCUUCCCCACCCGGCCCCGCUUAAAUGCGACGGCCGCUGCUCGUGGCCCUCUCAGUCCGGAGCAGCUGCUAGAGCGCGAUCGCCGCCGGGCGCUGCAGCCUCCCCGCCGCCCCCUGCCAGGCUACCCGCUUUACCUGAACCAGCACGACGGGGGAGUCGCCUGCCCCCCUUCCGCAUCGCUUCGUGGCCGCCUCUCCGCGCCUUCCAGCCGGCCGAGGAAACACUGCCAACCUCCUGGGAAUUUGUCACCUUGGAAGUGAAUGAUGAAGCUGCUACACAUUGCUGCUUUUCUUAUGCUGGUUUUUACUGCACUAGAAGCCCGACCAAAACUUUUAGGAGCAAAGUGUAAGACAGGCCCACUGGACAUUGUCUUUGUGAUUGACAGCUCACGCAGUGUACGUCCCUUUGAAUUUGAAACGAUGCGGCGCUUCCUGAUUGACAUCAUCAACAACCUAGAGAUUGGGAUCAAUGCCACAAGGGUUGGAGUGAUCCAGUAUUCUAGCCAGGUCCAAAAUGUCUUCUCCCUCAAGACCUUCUUCAACCGGGCUGACAUGGAGAAAGCCAUCAACAGCAUUGUCCCGUUGGCCCAAGGCACUAUGACAGGGUUGGCCAUCCAGUAUGCCAUGAAUGUGGCUUUUACCACGCAGGAGGGAGCACGACCACUGCACAAGAAGAUCCCUCGAGUGGCUGUGAUUGUAACAGAUGGGCGGCCCCAAGACCGUGUGACAGAUGUGGCUGCUCAGGCCCGAGCGGCUGGCAUUGAAAUCUAUGCUGUGGGUGUGCAGCGGGCAGACAUGAACUCUUUGCGGGCCAUGGCCUCUCCUCCACUGGAGGAGCAUGUCUUCUUGGUGGAGUCUUUUGACCUCAUCCAACAAUUUGGCAAGCAGUUCCAGGAUAAGCUGUGUGGUGUUGAUAUGUGCACAGAACUGGACCAUGGCUGCCAGCAUACUUGUGUCAGUAUCCCUAGCUCUUUUUAUUGUCAGUGCAACUCAGGAUACAAGCUCAAUGCUGAUGGAAAGACAUGCUCCAUGAUCAAUUACUGCAACUUUGGUAACCACAGUUGCCAGCAUGAAUGUGUUAGCAUCCUGAAUGGGUUCUAUUGCCGCUGUCGUGAUGGCUACACUCUGCAGGCAGAUGGGAAGUCAUGUCAGGCCAGUGACCUCUGCAAUAGCAUCGAGCAUGGAUGUGAGUUUAAAUGUGUCAGUACCGCAGGCUCUUACCACUGUGUUUGCCCAGAGGGUCAGCAGCUCCAGGCUGACAAGAAGACAUGUAACAAGUGCAAAACUGGACAUGUUGAUUUGGUGCUGGUGAUUGAUGGCUCCAAGAGUGUCCGGCCUCAGAAUUUUGAGCUGGUGAAGCAGUUCGUAAACCAGAUUGUGGACUUCCUGGAUGUGUCCCCUCAUGGCACCCGGGUGGGGUUGGUCCAGUACUCCAGCCGUGUCCGCACAGAGUUCCCACUCCACCAAUACAUGACUGCAGAAGAUGUCAAGAAGGCAGUGCAGAGAGUGCAGUACAUGGAGAAGGGCACCAUGACUGGGCUGGCCCUCAAACACAUGUUGGAGCACAGCUUCUCUGAGGCAGAAGGGGCUAGACCUCUCUCCCAGAAUGUCCCCAGGAUUGGCCUGGUCUUCACUGAUGGGCGCUCUCAAGAUGAUAUCUCAGAGUGGGCCAGGAGAGCAAAGGAAUCAGGAAUUGUAAUGUUUGCAGUUGGUGUUGGCAAAGCUGUUGAGAGCGAACUGAGAGAAAUUGCUUCUGAGCCAGUGGAUCAGCACUUCUCCUAUUCGGCAGAUUUCAACACCAUGACUCACAUUGUUGACAAUCUCAAGCUCAACAUUUGUCCCGAGGAGGGCAAAGGGGAAACUGAGUUCCGUAACCCAUGUGAAUGUGAGGCCCUUGUGCAGUUCCAGUCAAACACUCUUGCAAUCUUGGAAGACCUCACUGAAAAACUCUCUCAGAUGACUACCAGACUUGAGCAGCUGGAAAACCAGAUUGCUGGCAAAAAGUGAUUACCACGAGCAGCCUCCCAAGAGUCGGAGCUCAGACGCAUCCUCUAGCUCAUCACUGACAUUCCUAGACCUGUUGUAAAUGGCUGACUGUUCUUGUAUCACAGGAUCCUGAGGGGAGGGAGGGGAAACCUCUCCUUUCUUCCUGGGCUGGAAAACAGAACAACACUUCAUGAUGGAAUAAUAUUUUUCUUUGCCCAAAACGGGCAAUAGGGCUGAGCCAUGGGUUCAGCCCAAACAAGUGGACAUUUUAGGGAAUCAACAUGAAGUGGGGCCUGCAUCAUCCUCAAGAGCUACUGGGAUUGGUUGACAUUAAUGGAAUCUGCCCUGGGGCUUCACGACAAUCCCAGGAACACCAGAGCACAAAAUGCCUUGCUAGAAAAGAGAGUCCCUUGCUAUUAAGGUCUGUUUAGGCCCGCAAGCUUUUCAUGUUCUUAAGCAGAAGAGCAGUACUUCUGUCUCCCUUGUAUCCUUCACUGUGAAUGGCAGUGCCUGCAGCAUUUGUAACUACAGAUUUUUGCUUCAGUUGCACACAAAUUCAGUAUCUGGUUUUUAAAUGAAAAUAUAAUUUAAAAAAAAUGUAUCUAGAAUAAGAUGCUCCCCCACCUCCCCUCAAAAACUGCAGAAUUUCUGAUUGGAACCAUUCUUCCUGCCACCAGCCUGACUUUGACAGUAUUGAUGGAGAAUUUGUCAUUUAUUCUGUUAUUUUUAUCAAAUAGUUUUUUAAAAGAAAAAUUCUAUAUAUGUGUGUUUGUAUAUAUCUUUCUUUCUGAAAGCA